AUGCACGAUUUCAUGAUGAGCAUCGCACGACCAUGGGGUCAGGGCACAUCCGAGUACGACUGGCUUGUCAUUGACACGGCUCUCGAUGUCGUGAUCGGCCUUGGCGUUACGCUCAGCCCCUCCUUCUCCGAGUUGUGGAAGGUCUUUGAGAAGCCGAUCUUGAAGUUCGCCUCUUCCGAGUCUGAGAACAUUGAGCGCUCGACCGGUUUUGUUGUUAUCGCUGAGUGCGCUGCCAACAUGGAGGCUGCCGUCACCCCGUACACAGCCAAGCUGCUCAACCUCCUUCCCAAGCGCCUCUCGGACACCGACAACGAGACGAAGAGCAACGCUGCUUACGCCACCGGGCAGUUGAUUCUCAACUCCACUGACAGCAACACAUACCUUCCCCAGUAUGAGAACAUCCUGCGCAAGCUUGAGCCCAUGCUCCAAAUCCAGGAGGCCCGCAUCAAGGAUAAUGCGGCCGGCUGCAUCUGCCGCAUGAUCAUGGCCUACCCCGACCGCGUUCCUAUCAGCGAGGUUCUCCCCGCCCUUGUUGGCCUGCUUCCCCUCAAGGAAGACUUUGAGGAGAACUCGCCUUUGUACGAGUGCAUCUUCAAGCUCUAUCAGGCACAUGAGCCCACUGUCCAGGCCCUGACUCCUAAGCUUAUUCCCGUCUUCGAGGCGGUUCUCACACCCCCAGCUGACCAGCUAGACGACGAGGCCCGUGAGAUUGUCCGCCAGACGGUGACCCUUCUCUUUAAUGCGAAGCAAGAUUUGUUCAGCAGCCGUCCUAAUGUGUUGAAGUUUGCCGGCCUUGCCUAAGCGAGAGGUUGGGGUUUUUAAGUUGCGUAGCAUGGUAUGGGUGGAUUUUUACGACUUUUCCUGCAUGGUGAGCGACGAGUUCGGACCUGGUGAUCAGACAAAAGAGCUGUAAUGAAGAUAAACGUCUCUAGGGCUGAACAACUUAUAUGGGUAAAAGGGGCACGUGGUAGACCGCAUGGUCUUUUGGGAAAUUGAGGCUGGUGUGCCAUCAUUCCAAGUUAUCGGGUUAGAUGAUGAUGAUACC